CUCUCUCGCUCCGGCUUCGUUCGUUCGUACUUAUCUCCUCGGCGGCCAUUUCCUCUCAAUAAUCUGCCUUGGACAACCGCAAUAUUGCCGACAUAAACAACUUUCAUCUAGAAUAGAAAGAACAUCAUCGAAAAGAGCGCUCGAAAUGGCCUCUCUCCCUAGAAGAAUUAUCAAGGAAACGCAGCGUCUUCUCCAGGAGCCUGUUCCGGGCAUAUCGGCAGUGCCCGAUGAAAACAACGCAAGAUAUUUCCACGUAAUCGUCACUGGUCCCGAAGGUUCUCCAUUCGAAGGUGGAUUAUUCAAACUGGAGCUAUUUUUACCCGAAGAUUAUCCUAUGUCCGCGCCUAAAGUGCGAUUUAUUACUAAAAUUUACCAUCCUAAUAUUGACCGUUUGGGAAGAAUUUGUUUGGACAUCUUAAAGGACAAGUGGAGUCCAGCACUUCAAAUUCGUACCGUACUUCUGUCUAUUCAAGCUUUGCUGAGUGCUCCCAAUCCAGAUGAUCCUCUGGCCAACGAUGUAGCUGAACUGUGGCGUGUCAAUGAAGCAGAAGCCAUUCGCAAUGCCAAGGAGUGGACCAGGAAAUACGCCAUGGAAGACUAAUAGCCCUAGUUUUGCGGCAGCUUCUCCUCUUACUGCUGGCAUGAACUAUUGUUUUAUUUUCCUUUUUUUUUUUCCUGAGAGGAGGCUUAAGUGUGAAAGUGCGAAUGAAUGAAUGAAUGUAUGUCUGAAAAUGUGUGUUAGCGUGAGUUAUCUUAUUGUUAAGUUCAGUCAUGUAUCUUCGUCAGUGAGCUACUCGUCAUCAUCUCUCACUGCUUGUAUGUUAUUUUUUAAAUAACAUCUGUGUUUAUGACACUUUGGAACAAGCAAACAUGUGAUUUAAAAGUAAUGUUUUGGUGGAAUUUGUUUGUGUUAUCAAACAGGUUGCGUAGCAAUCAUACAUAGCUUGAUAAUGAUAUUAACUGCAGAAUCCUAUGAUUUUUGUGUUUUUAUAUGAUGGAGUGAAAAAUAUUGUAAAGUGUAUAUUUCUGUCUACUUCAGAGACAGUAUAUGAAAAAUUCUGUUUUUUGCUUCAACUAUGUAUCUUAACUUAAUUUACCUAUCACUUUGAGGUCAAACCCGGUGAAUCCUCAAGUGGUGGCCAUUAACUCUACCUCAACUCCUGUGGAUCCUUCCAUUGAUCUUGUGGUCAUCCUUCAUGGCUUUACUGGCUCAGUUUCCAGUACAUCUGUCACCCUCAUUCGAGAUGGUAAAUGUAUUUUAUGUUAUAUCUCAUUUCUUUUGUUAACCUGUACAAAAUUUGUCCUCGGAUUGUUAUAUUGGCAAUAUAUUUUCUUCCAAAA